GCCGCACUGAGAAAAGCGCCGGCCGGAGGGCCAGCGGCCGGGCCGCCUGGGUGAGCGUGCCGAGGCGGCAGCGGCGCAGGCUUCCAGCCCCCACCAUGCCGUGGCCCCUGCUGCUGUUGCUGGCCGUGAGCAGGGCCCAGACAACCCGGCCCUGCUUCCCCGGGUGCCAGUGUGAGGUAGAGACCUUUGGCCUCUUCGACAGCUUCAGCCUGACGCGAGUGGAUUGCAGCGGCCUGGGUCCCCACAUCAUGCCCGUGCCCAUCCCUCUGGACACAGCCCACCUGGAUCUAUCCUCCAACCGGCUGGAGAUGGUGAACGAGUCAGUGUUGGCAGGGCCCGGCUACACCACGCUGGCGGGCCUGGACCUCAGCCACAACCUGCUCACCGGCCUCUCGCCCACCACCUUCUCCCGCCUCCGCUACCUGGAGUCACUGGACCUCAGCCACAACGGCCUGGCAGCCCUGCCGGCCGAGAGCUUCGCCAGCUCACCCCUGAGUGACGUGAACCUUAGCCACAACCGGCUCCGGGAGGUCUCGGUGUCCGCCUUCGCCACCCAUAGCCAGGGCAGGGCGCUGCAUGUGGACCUCUCCCACAACCUCAUUCACCGCCUCGUGCCCCACCCUCCGCGGUCCAGCCUGCCCCCACCCACCAUCCAGAGCCUGAACCUUGCCUGGAACCGGCUCCGUGCGGUACCCAACCUCCGGGACUUGCCCCUACGCUACCUCAGCCUGGACGGGAACCCCCUGGCUACCAUCGGCCCAGGUGCCUUCGUGGGGCUGGCAGACCUCACCCACCUCUCGCUGGGCAGCCUGCAGGGCCUCCCCCAGCUGGCACCCCAUGGGUUCCGCGAGCUGCCAGGCCUGCAGGUUCUGGACCUGUCGGGCAACUCAAAGCUCAAGUGGGUAGGAGCUGAGGUGUUCUCGGGCCUGGACUCCCUGCAGGAGCUGGACCUGUCGGGCACAGGCCUGGUGCCCCUGCCCGAGACUCUGCUGCACCACCUCCCAGCGCUGCAGAGUGUCAGCGUGGGCCAGGGUGUGCAGUGCCGGCGCCUGGUGCGGGAGGGGGCCUACCCCCGGCAGCCCGGUUCCAUCCCCAAGGUGGCCCUGCACUGCAUGGACACCUGGGACUCUGUCGCCAGGGUCCCUGACAUCUUGUGACAAAUGGCCUGGCCCGGGGCCGUGGAACAGACUGCUGCCCUCUGCUUGCUUGGGUCCUGGGUAGUUCAUAUUUUAAUGUGCCAGUGCCAGCGGGGACUCUUGCAGGCAGAUGUGGUGGCAUCACUGCAGGAGCUAUGGACCUAGGAAGAGGCUUUGCACCUGGGACCCACCCCCAGGAGCAAUGUCUGACCCCUUUGUCUCGGUUGCCCCCAAACCAUGAGCAGAGGGACUUCAAUGCCAAACCAGAUUCUGGUCCCUUCUUGCUGCCCUUCCCUACUUGUCCCCAAAGUGCCUUCCCUCAUGCCAGGGCCAAUCUGAUGUGUUGCUGGAGGAGGGUGGAAGGGAGCCACCGCUGCAGGGUGCAGACCAGUUUCACGGGGCCGAGCACCCCCUUGGGCCCAGAGUCCAUAGUCUCCAUCACAUGGGGCUGGGAUAUGGGGGCCCACUUCAUCCUUUUCUCUUCCCCUAGAACCCUGGCGAGAACCUCAGUUAUAGAAGAGACUGGAGAGAAUCAAAUCUACCCCUGUCGUGUGACGGAUGGGGAAACUGAAGCCUAGGGAAGGAAAGAUGAUCAUUUGAGGCCCUGUGAGGGCAGAGCUGUGAUUGGAACCAUCUCCUGCCUUCCCAGCCAGAUGCUUUGCACUUUCCCGUCUUCUCUAAGUCACCCCUCCCUCUCUCCUUCCUGGGCUUCCCCUUGCAGCCAAGUCCACGUUCCACUGUUUCUGCCCCUUGUCUUGUUUUUCCACAGGAGUGGCAGCAGGAAGAUGAGAAGGUCCUGGGAGGUGGGACACACCGCCCAGUGACCAGCUUCGUGGCAUGGGCUCAGUCGGUUCCCCUCUGAGCCUCUGGAAGCCUGGGAUGCGCCAGUCCCAGCUCUGCCUGUCCCACACUCUGCAUGGGGUCCCCCAGCAUCGAAACUGGAAAUGAGCCCACUAACCCCCCAAGGUAGUGUCUAUGCUCCAGCAAGCUGGCGAUGCAGUCCUGGAGCCCCCAGCUGUCCACAGGCACUCAGGGGGCCCUCUUGGCUUCCAUCCCUGGUCCCUGGGUCCAACAGCCUGUGCCACCCUCAGGAUGUGGCAGCAUCCCACACCCAUGUUUAUGUUCCACCUACAGGGUGGCAUCUCAGUGUCCUAGCCCUGGCCUCUUUCCUUUGUCUUCUUUUUAUAGAAAUUGUUGCCUUUUUAAUAGACUGUAACUUUCAGCCACCCCCUCCCCCGCUGGCAGGGGAUGGAAACAUGUCAUUUGUAAAAGAA